GGAAUUCCUCCCACUGGGUAGUGAGUAGAAAGGCGAAGUGAAUGCUUCACAUUUAUACUUCCGGUGAAAUAUCUGUCUCUUUGUUCGAUCUGUGGAUAGAACGGUCACUCGACUAUCGUGUCAAUAUAAUAGAUCAUCUUUGCACACAGUCUCUGCGCGUGACCAAGAAACACUACAACCUUGCGCUUCCGGGGCACAGUUUAGUUUAACAUAUGAAAUGGAAGGACUCAAAUUAUUCAAGUAAAAUGCCAUAAUCACUCACGUCGAUAAUUAAUUAAUAGUUUGUAUUGGAAAAUAUUGAAGCGUUGGAAAGUAAAUUAAUUCAUUAUAUGGUAAGUAUAUCCCAGAAGAAUAACACAUGCAUUGUACUAGGCUAUACAAUUUGAGUAGAAAUAGGUCUAUGAUUUACAUAGGGUACAGUAGUAAUAAUAUCAAAUUAAUGUAAUCAGAGGAGCAUUUUUGAUAAUGCAACACUUUCCCGGGACAAGUGCGCGUGCACAUCGUGAAUACCUUAGAUCAGCUGAUCACUGUAAACAUAGAUGUGUGACACGCUCGCAGUUGGCGUUUAUCAAUUGUCGUUGUAAUUAAAGGCUGAAAUGCAGGAUGCUUGAUAUAGUUCCCAACUAUGUGGCCUGCUGAUCUGACUUGUGAUGUAGUUAGUUUAUGCGUAUUGCGAAACACUUUCACCCGAGAGCGCACAAAAACAGGAAGAGUUCCAACCGAGGGAUUAGAAAAUCACAUGCUAAUGAAAAACUAGCCUACUCCAGGAGAAGUUGAGCAGCAAAGACUACGAAAACAAUCCCCCGGCUGAAGGACACCCGCUGAACGAUUUUUACGUCAUCUAUGGAGGAUCUGGAUCCAGAAGACCAGUUUCUGCGUCAUGCCAGAAAUGGGAAUCUUGCAGGCAUCCAGAAGCUUCUCAUGUCCAAGAUUAAAGAAGAGGCCAACAUCAACAUCAACUGCAAAGGUAAGAGUAAGUCUAACCUGGGAUGGACGCCUCUCCACCUGGCCUGUUACUUUGGACACAGAGCAGUGGUGGAGGAAUUACUCAAGGCAGGAGCAGAUGUUAAUUUGCCAAAUAAUGUAGGAGACACACCACUGCACAAAGCUGCCUUCACCGGAAGGAAGGAGGUUGUCAUGCUGCUGCUAAGCUAUGAUGCAUGUGCCACUGUCAUCAAUGGAACAGCACAGAUUCCUAAAGAUGUCACUCAGAAUGGGGAUAUCAAAAACAUGCUGGGAGCGGCGGAGAGAACAGAGGAGCGAAAACUAGAAGAAGAGCUUUUAGAGGCAGCGAGAGAGGGAGACCUUUCUACCCUGUCACAAUUGCUUAACAGGAAAAAGCCUCCAGACAUUAACUGCUGUGAUCUCUUGGGUAACACCCCACUGCACUGCGCUGCCUACCGUGGUCAGAAGCUAUGUGCCCUGAAACUGCUAAAGAAGGGUGCUAGCCCCAACAUCAAGAAUAAAAAUGAUCAGACUGUGUUUGACCUUGCAAACAACACAGAGAUAAAGCAGAUUCUGGAAGGCAAUAUUCAAAAAGGUAUGACUCACCAUGUCCAGAUGUUUGAAGGAGCCCUUUGGAAGAGUUCCCGGUUUUUAGGCUGGCGUUCCUACUGGGUGGUCCUCCAAGAUGGGGUUCUGUCCUGGUACUCUAAACAGUUGGAUGCAGCUGCCAAUGUCCGAAGACAAGGCUGUAAGCCCCUGACCCAAGCCCAUUGUUUGAUCAAAGCUAGAGACAACUGCUUUUUCACACUCAAGUGCUUCGAUGACAGUGUGCAUCAUUUCAAAGUGUCUCCCAAGAAUGACCCUGAGGCAACAAGAAAAAGGUGGAUGGAUGCUAUGGAGGAACACUCUGCCUACAGUACACACUACUGCUCUCAGGAUCAGGGCAGCGAGGAGGAUGAGGAAGAAGUCUUGAGUGUGGGAGAGCUGACGGAAUCAUUACAGUCAGCUGAAGCUUGUCACCAGAAGCUGGAGAAGGAGGUUGGAGCAUUCCUCUCCUUGGUGAAAGAAGAUGGACUUGCUGAGAAGCUGCCGCCCGUGAUGCUGCAGAAGAUGAAGGAGGUGUGUGAGCUGUCCAGUGAGACCUACUCUCAUCUCAACCACUGCCUCAGCCUCUUCUCCAGACAGGAUGGGGUGCGCAGUCUGAAAUUGGAGCAGGAGGUGGAGAAGAAUAAGAUCCUGUCUGAAGCGUUACAGACUCUGGCUACAGAGCACCACGAACUUGAGCAGUCCGUUGUCACAGGCUCCUCUCCACAGGGCGCGCUCAGUGAGGAUGACUUCCACGACGCUGUGUCUGACUCGGAAUCGGAGCACUCUCUGAGCGGCUUUGAGACGGUGGCCAGCCAUUCGUUCGACGAGGAAGGCUCUGUCCUGUUCAGCAGYGAGCACAGCAGCCCCACCAACAUGUCUCGAGAGGAUCACCAUCAGAAUGAGGAUGAGUCCCAACCCAAUGUGAUCGUGAGGCACAGAACAAGUUUACCAGCACCCAUGUUCUCCAGAAACGACUUUAGCAUCUGGAGUAUCCUGAGGAAAUGCAUUGGCAUGGAGCUGUCUAAGAUUACCAUGCCAGUGAUUUUUAAUGAGCCCCUGAGCUUCCUGCAGCGUCUGACAGAGUACAUGGAGCACACGUACCUCAUCCACCAGGCCAACGCCUCCUCUGACUCCAUAGAGAGGAUGAAGUGUGUGGCAGCGUUUGCUGUUUCUGCUGUGGCUUCCCAGUGGGAGAGAACUGGAAAACCCUUCAACCCGCUACUGGGAGAGACCUACGAACUGGUCAGAGAAGACCUGGGGUUCAGGUUGAUCUCAGAGCAGGUGAGCCACCACCCACCAGUCAGUGCGUUCCACGCCGAAGGCCUGAAGAAAGACUUUGUGUUCCACGGCUCCAUCUACCCCAAACUCAAGUUCUGGGGCAAGAGCGUGGAGGCUGAACCCAAAGGCAUCAUCACACUGGAGCUGCCCAGGUAUAAUGAGGCCUACACAUGGACAAACCCAACAUGUUGCGUCCACAACAUCAUUGUGGGGCAACUGUGGAUUGAGCAGUAUGGCAACUUGGAGGUGCUCAACCACAAAACUGGAGAAAGAUGYUGUCUGAAUUUCAAACCCUGUGGCCUUUUUGGCAAGGAAUUGCACAAAGUUGAAGGCUACAUUCUGGACAAAAGCAAAAAGAAGGUAUGUUCUCUCUAUGGAAAGUGGACAGAGUGUAUGUACAUAGUGGAUUCUGCUGCAUUGGAGGCACAUAAGAGAAGUGGGAAGAGGGCAGAGGAAAAGAAAAGCUGUAAACAGGGUUCUGGUGAGGAGGUGGAGGAGAUCCCCCUACCAGAGGCUGACACCGUAGAGGUGAUCCCAGGCAGCCAGCUCCUGUGGAGGAUAGCCCCAAGACCAGAAAACUCUAUAGAGAUGUACAGCUUCACGUCGUUUGCCAUGCAACUGAAUGAGCUGGAUAAGGAUAUGGAGGGACUCAUCCCAAAGACAGACUGCAGGCUGAGGCCCGACAUACGAGCCAUGGAGAACGGAGAUAUUGAUCUUGCAAGUGAGGAGAAGAAGAGGCUAGAAGAGAAACAGAGAGCUGCACGCAAAACCCGUUCCAAAUCUGAUGACGAGUGGAAAACAAAAAACCCUGCCCUUGGCCCCAGGUUUGAGUUGCUUGCUCUUCUAUGGUGGUUUCAUCAGGAUCAGAAUCCCCACAACGGCUACCAGGACUGGUUGUUCUCCACUGGCUACUGGGACCGCAACUAUUCCCUAUUACCUGAUAUUUAUUAAUGRACAUUCCUUGAAUAGUGAGAUUUAUUCUUAUCCACGUCAACUUCCUUAUCUAUUAUGUGAUUCCAUUCAACUAAUUCAUUUUUUUAGACCAGUUAAUUACAUCCAAUAUGCAAAUAGGAUAUUAAUACAAUAAAGCCUUAAUUUAUUACAAUUAAAAUACUGUGUAUGAAAAUAACAAUAAUUGAUGAUUUUGUAAUACAAAAUGUUCAGCUGUUAAACAUGCUUAAAAAUGUAGCAUUCGGUCACAUUUCAUGCAGCCAUUUUAGAUAAUUWACUUUUUAGCAUGUGUAUUCACUCCAUUGUAGCUUGGUUGACAGGGGUUCAUGAUUUGAGUCGCUGUUCUGUUUUAACUGCAUGAUGCAGUGUUUUGAUUGUGUAUGGUGUGAUCUAUCAUACAGUAUUCUAUUUGCACAAUCCCACAACCUUGGCCCUUUAGGAACAUACAGUAUCCACACACUAAAUCUGUUGCUCUUAAUGUCAUGUACAGCUGUGUUGUGUUAACAACUUCAUGAAAUGUUUCUGUUACAAAAAAGAACUGCACUCACAUAAUGUACAUAUUCUCAGUGGUUGGGAUUUUUUAGUUAGUUUAUAACACUUUCUUUACUUAUAUUUUAGUAUUAUCCCACAGCUCAACUGUUGCUGAUCCUCAUUCCCAUUACUUUUUAGUCCAUCAAUGCUCACAUUCAUUUGUGAGGUCACUGAUUUGACGGAUGCAUAACACAGUGGAUUGUUAUUAUUUUGGUCUAUUGCUCCAUUGAUUGUAGGAAGAGAAAAAUACUGGUACAAUGCUUACUGUUGAACGUUACAACACUGCUUAGAUAAUUAUGAUCAACACUACAAGAUCUGCUCAUGACAAUCAUUGCGGGAGAAAAUUAACUCGAGGGCACACAUCUCUAAAGGUUAUGGUAGUUACAUGUUUUAUGCACAAUUCCCUUCCAUUACAUUUUUCAGAGCAGCAAGCUAUGCAACUAUCUAAAUAGACGAUUAUCCCUGUCUAUUCUCUAACAGCUGUCCUUUUACAUUCCUCUUUUCAACUGUGAAGAGAUCCUAUAGGACAUGGGUCAUAAUAGAGAAUAAUCUAAGUUAUGGACUUAUGUCAUUUAACAAUAGGGCUAGUGUAAUAUGGUUGAGACUUUGUAUCAUGGUUAUAAGGGGGUAAACUUGGUAACAGGGUAUCUGGUACUUUGAGGUUAUCUGAGAAAAUGUAUGCAGAGGUAGUACAAUCCAAUUAUUAACAUGACCCUUUAACUUUGUUAAUAAUGAGUAUAAUAAAAUAUAACUAACUUCUAAA